AUGGUAAAGUCUCUGCCUCCUCAAUCAAAGUCUGCACCUCCCCCUUCUCCAUCUCCCCCACCUCUAGUAAAUUCUUCUCCACUACCAGUUUCUCCAUCUCCCCUACCUAUGGUAAAGUCUCCACCUCCACCACCAUUGUCUCCAUCUCCUCCACAUUCGAAAAAGUCUCCGGCUCCUCCAUCAGAGUCUACACCUCCACCACCACCUUCUGCAUCUCCCCUGCCUCUGGUAAACUCUCCGCCUCCUCCAUCAAAGUCUCCACCACCACCUUCUCCUUCUCCCCCACCUCCGUUAAAGUCUCUACCUCCUCCAUUAAAGUCUCCACCUCUACCACCACCUUCUCCAUCUGUCCCACCUCUGGUAAAGUCUCCGCCUCCUCCAGUAAAGUCUCCACCUUUGCCACCACUUUCUCUAUCCUCCCAGCCUCCGGUAACGUCUCCUCCUCCUCCAACAAAUUCUCCACCUCCACCACCACCUUCUCCAUUUACCCCGCCUCCGGUAAAGUCUCCGCCACCUCCAUCAAAAUUUCCACCUCCACCACUUUCUCCAUCUCCCCCACCUCUAAUAAAGUCUCCACCUCCACCACCAGCUUCUUCAUCUCCCCCAACUCCGAUAAAGUCUCCGCCUCCUCCAUCUCUCAUGAUUAUUCCACCAUUGCCAAAACAACCUCCACUCCCAGUUCCGCCAUUGCCACGUUCUCCAUUCCCCUUUCGUCUAGCACCCUAGUACUACAACCCGCCUCCACU